AUGGCGCCUUUUACGGACGAAGAGUACUUUCUCAACAAGCCUCCCGACUUUGAGCUUCAAAGACGCGCCCGCCUUCCGUGGACGGUAUGGGAUAGGCACAGCGGAUGCUCGGUGGAGUGGGUGGAGAGCAGGGAAAAUGGAACUAUUCCCGCCAGAUUCGAAGGCGGGCCUUUCUUUGAGAUCGAAUUUACUUAG